AAGGAAGGAAGACGACAAGUGGAGGUGCCAGAUUAGAAUAGAAGUUCUGCUGCCUUGUCCAAUCAUGUCGUGGUCUUGGCAGCUCGCGUCCUUCAUUACCUUCAUUUCAACUUUCUACUCAGGUGACUCUUUGCUCAAUACACUAGUCGCCGAACGUUGACUUCCACAUCGUUAUACUCUUGACAUGAUCGCCAACGCGAUCCUCACAGCCUGUACAGCAGUAGCCCUGACAAUCACGUAUUCUCUAUACCGCAGGAUGUUCUUUAAGAAGAAGUGGGAUCCGCGUGGCAAGCAUUGUUAUGUUACAGGCGGUUCGGCAGGUGCGGGUCUUGCAAUAGCAAAGUUACUCGUGAGGAAGGGCGCACACGUCUCGAUCGUGGCGAGGAAUCAGGAGAGGUUAGACACGGCACUGAAGGAGUUAGAGACAGUCAGACAAUCACCAGACCAAACCAUCAAAGCCUAUUCCUACUCUAUAGACAAUGCGUCCGGCGCAGCGGAAGCACUCGAGGCAGCAUGUCAAGCCCAUGAUGGUCGAUGUCCUGAUGCUCAGUUCUUCGUUGCUGGAACGUCUAGACCAGGACACUUUGUGGAGCAGAGUGAAGAAUCCUUGAAGAAGGGUAUGGAGGAGACGUAUUGGUGCCAAGCUUGGUCUGCUCUGGCGGCGGUGAGACGUAUGGUGCGCGAUCAAGCAAAGGGCAAGAUCGUUUUCGUGUCCUCGGUGCUUGGGUAUAUGUCGAUAGUUGGCUAUUCGACAUAUUCACCUGGAAAGUUUGCUACUCGAGGGUUGGCGGAAACACUCCAAUCCGAACUCAUGCUCUACGACAUCGAUGUACACAUCGCCUUUCCUGGAACCAUCUACUCGCCAGGCUACGAAGUCGAGAAUCAAACUAAACCAAAGGUCACGCUCAAAAUAGAGGAAAGCGAUGGUGGCGCUCAGCCAGACGCGGUGGCGCAAGGGAUCCUCAAAGGUGUUCAGAACGGUGACUUCCAUAUCACAUAUGACUUCCUCCUGAAUGUUUUCCGUGGCUCCACCCGUGGAUCAUCACCAGGGAACAACUUCUUCAUGGACUCAAUCUAUGAGCUCAUAGGAAGAGUGAGUACUGAUUCAUCACAAGUCACCAUUCUCUUCAUAGAAGUUGACGAUAUGUUCCAGAUCGCACUUCCAUUUUGGCGGAUGUCUGUUGACAAUACAGUUCGAGCGCACUCGGAAGAACACCGACAAUACUUGCGAGACAAGGGUCUGAUAGCAUAGAGUUCAACGCCACAAGCAACGGUCGCGUUUCGCCUUCCCAGACCGCUGGUGCGCACAGUCGCCACGGCGCCAGGGGGAUCGUCGGUCCCUUUUGGAUCCCUAUACCAUACCUAGACUAAUUCCACCGCUGCUAUUCACUUAGGAAAUAUACCAGAAGAUAUAAUACCUUAUUCCAGGGUACCUAUCGCCAUGCGUACUUGCCAAAGGUGCCGUGAACGCAAAAAAACUUGACGGUUGUAC